GUGGUGAAAAAAAAGUAGGUAUGUAUUUCACUCGGGAGCUAACUUUGUUGAACUCUCGUGCCUUAAAACAACAACUUGGCCCACUUGCAAAACAAAUCACUAUAUCAGGCAAAAAGUUCCUUUAUCGCGAUCUCCGAACCUUCUGGUUGGAAGCCGCUCGGACACCACACCAGACCAGUGCCUAUACGGUACCGUACCCUUGGGUCCAUGGUACUUACGCUCACACACAUAUAGACAAACAUAUGUAUAUGUAUCAUGGAAUGCGUGAAAAACUGUGAAAUUACGCACAAGUCCUGAUAUCUCAGUAGUAGUUCGCUAUCGUAAACUGGGUAGAGCUCCCGCCGCGCUCAUAUCGCGAAGGGUAGUCCGGAGCGCGCACGCGUUUACCGCGGGAAAAUAAAAUUUAAAAAGUUUUGUAAGCAGGCAGGAUUUCCUUUUUCAUUUAUGUAAAGAUUUGAGUUGUCAACAUUUAAAAAAGUUAAGAUGACGACGUUCAUAAGGAAAAUGUUGAAAAAUCGCACCAAACAUAAAAAACUAGAAGAAUGGGCGCUAGCAGAAUGCGAGGGCGAGAGUUGGUGGCGCGAGGCACGGGAGUCAACCGGCAAAGAUGCCUCGGUGGACGUGCGGUACGCUGGCAUGGUGCCCGUCGAGCGCGCCGCCUCCGCGCCCGCUACCGCCAUCGCUGUCCGCUCCGCCUUACACUCCGCCAAGACUCUGAACAAAAAGUUGCAGCGAGUGAGUCUCGACAUUAGCUCAAAAGGCAUCGUGGUCACUGAUGCCGACACUCAUGACAAUGUGCUAAGCAUAUCCAUCUACAGGAUCUCGUACUGUUCAGCAGAUGCAGCCAACGCUCGAGUGUUCGCGGUGGUGGAAGGGCGCGGCUGCGAGCACGUCGCGCACGUGUUCACGUGCCCGCGCAGCCGGCAUGCGCGCGCGCUCGCGCUUGCCCUUGCGCACGCUUUUAACGAUGCCUAUCAGGCAUGGCAGAAUAACCACCAAGGCAGCUCCUUACAGCGCAACGACAAACGCUCAUCACCCUGGGAGCGAUUUCCUCAAGAGUCUGAUGAAGAAGAGUUGGAAGACGAACAGUGGCAGGCGCAGGCUCCUCUGGUCACAUUCGCGUGAACUCUCAAUAAGGAUUGGAAAACUCAUUAAGUUCUUUACCGUAUUCUUUAGGUACAAUUGCGGCUUUUCUGUUGCCAUCAAAAUUACAAUGUUCAUUCAAGCUGACCAAAUAGUAUCGGCGUAGUGGCGUCCCCACAUUGUUAUUUGGCGGGUCUAUGAAAUUACAAAAACUGAGUCCUACUGCGCUGCAGUCAGAUUCCGAAAAUAUGGCAGACCGAAAAUAUUUUUUUUAUAAAGCUUAAAAAAUGUACAUAAGACUUACAUUAAUUAGUUAUAAAUAAUUUUCGUCCGCACUGCUAACUGACAAUUUGUAUAAUCCAUGAUAUGACAGAUUAAGACAAACGAUUAAUAGCUUAUUGAGGCUUGUAGCGAGUUUAUGGAUAAGGCUUUAUGACCCACUGCAAAAAUGUCAAACCGAUGAUCAAAUAAGGCCUUAUGGCCCACUGCAAAAAUGUAAAACCGAUGAUCAGAUAAGGCCUUAUAGCCCACUGCAAAAUGUAAACCAAAUGAUCAGAUAAGGCCUUAUGGCCCACUGCAAAAAUGUUAAACCGAUAAUCAGUUAAUAGUGUAAAUAUAUAAUGUUGCCGUUGUCGCUAGUUCAUCGCACAAAUAAAUUAUUUACAUAUAAUUCAUAUAGUAUAGUAUGAAUGACAAGUGAUAAACAUGUAGGUAUAUAUAGCUCGUAGGGCAAUAAAAUUACUAACGUACCUACGAUAUUAAAUAAUAACAUCUCUAGGAGAACUACAUUCCAAAACAUUCCUCGUUUUUUCAUCCGUUAACAAUGUUAACAUGCUUCAUAAAAAUCAUAAAAUAACACACGGUAAUCAUGAUAUUAUUAAGUGUAUAGGUAAUAGUACAUUGUGCAACGAGGGGGGUAAGUGAAAUUUUGGAUACGAGGGUGGUUAUUCCCGACAGCCGCAGGCUGGAGGGUAUUAGUUAGCAAUAUUUUUACCCCCGGAGUUACACACAAUGUUUUUCAUUUUACACUUGCGAAGAAAAAACUAAAUUUUAAGCGAAACAAUUCUUAAAUAACUAUGUACAGUGACAUAUCAAAAUUCGUCCGCCAUUUUGUUUCUUGACAGAUUAGGCAUCGAAGGCACAGACCUAUUCGGCAUUCAGCCACGAUUGAAAAUUAUGUAUAAAUAUUUUAAACUGCUGUUAAAUCGAUCAAAUUAAAUAAUUUUAAACCGAAACAAAAAUAUUAAAUUAUAAACGUCAGUAUUUAAAAAAAAAACUCAUUUAUGCUACUUGGUUUGUAUGAAUAGGUCACAAAUAAUAAAAAAAAGGUAUAACUCCCUAGGGAGUUAUAGCUUUUUUCACAAUUUAUAACUCCCGCGGGAAAAAUAUAGGCCUUUAUCCUUCAGUACACCUGUAUGAAAUAAGAUCUUUUUCGAGCAAGUGUGAUGAAAAGAUAUUAAAACAAUAAGAAACAAAAAUUAAUUGGUACAAUUUAUUACGAUUAUUUAUAAGGCUUAAUAUAAAUAUUUCGACUGAUGUAAGACAAAUAUACUAUAGAAUAAAGUUAAUUUAAACUA